GUGAAAAUAAACUACACAUAUACAUGUUUGUCACACGCAACCGCGGCGAAGAGCGCGUAGCUAAAGCCUGGAGAGGUUACGGUAGCUAAAGUACAACCCGGGAAGAACUUAUCGUCUCGAUGGCUGUGAAAAGUUAACGCUCAGACGACUGAAAAACAGGAAUAAUUCCCUUCUACCGACUUGAGCCACUCUCACUCUCCUGGCUCCAUGGCAGCAGCAGUGCGAGGCAGUGAGUGGUCAUGUGGACGCUGCACCUUCUUAAAUGCCGGCGCAGCACCUCGCUGUUCCAUUUGUGAGGCACCACGCCAGAAACCUGACCUUAACCAGAUCUUGCGGCUGAGCAGCACCGAGGAGCAUCGCUGGGCCUGUCCUCGCUGUACCCUCAACAAUCCCCAGGGAUCUGGAGCCUGCUCUGUCUGCGGCUUUGGGCCAUCUCCUGCCACUCACACGCCUCCUACCACCACCAUAGCCGCCACUGCCAACGGCCUCCCGUCUGCUCCGACUGAACCUCCGACGCCCACCCUCACGCCCACAGUUCUGCUUGAGCCCCAUGGACAGCAUCCAGCUAAGGAGGAAGUGCUGCGACGGUCUGAGAGCAAUGGAGAGGUGAGCAGCCUGGAGGGGCAGCACUCGGGCUGGGCUUGCCCUCGCUGCACACUCCACAACACACCCGUGGCUCUGUCAUGCUCUGCCUGUGGUGGGCCCAGGAAACUGUCUUUGCCUAAAAUCCCCCCUGAAGCACUGGUGGUGCCUGAGGUACGCACACCUGUGCUAGGAUUUCCUGUCCACACAGCAGGGGCUGCCCCACUUCUCAUAGACCUAACAGAUGACUCUCCCCCAGCCCCUCCUUGCGAUCCUCAAGAACCUCCCCAUGUGUCCUCCCCCUUUACUUCUUUCUCCUCCCUCCAGAACAAUCCUGUGCCCCGCAGCAGGAGAGAGGUGCCCCCUCCAGGGCGCCCACCAAACGCAGGCACCAGCACUCCCAGUCCCACUUCACCCUCAGCGGCCAGUGUGCCACCCCAGCCAGGCCCACAGCGGCCAGCCAAGCCCAAACAUGCCCAGCCCCAGGAACCUUCAUACCCAAGCAAGCGCCUCAGUAUCUUGGAGGAAGAAGACCCUCAGCACCACCCACUGACCCCUCACCUCCCGGUUGCUUCCCCAGCCGCCCCCACCUGGAAGUGCCCUAGCUGCUCAUUGCCCAACCCAGGUAGCUCAUCUAAGUGCGAGGCCUGCCGAUCAUCGCGGGCUGGUGCUGACCUCAUUGACCUUGUAGGCUGUGAGACGGUACGAUUUACCCCGGCCAGCCCCUCCAGCCCGGACUUUAGCACCUGGGCCUGCUCCAAGUGCACCCUGCGCAAUCCUACUGGUGCACCCAAGUGCUCAGCCUGUGGUUCUUCCAAGCUUCAUGGCUUUCAGGAGCAGCAGCCGCCCCUGCCCCGCUGCUGUACACACUGUGGCCUCCCAUCAGGGUCUGGUACUGCAUCAUGCUCCUGUACACCUUCUUCUUCUUCAUCCUCCUCGGGUCAUAAAACACGGAAACAGAUCCGGAGCUUCCCUUCGUCCUCCUCUGCUAUCGCUGCUUCCAACUCCUCUUCGUCCUCCACCUCAGCGAGCCUUCAAGAGAAGGUGGGACAGUGGAGCUGCCCUGCAUGUACUCUGCUCAAUGACAUCAAGGCCAAGAACUGUGCAGCGUGCCACACGCCCCAGCAGUACCUCACCCUUCGCAAAGUGGUGAAGCCUCUGAAGAGGAGGGAGAGCAUGCAUGUAGAGGCCCGUCGACGAAAUGACGAGGGCGAGGCCAAGGAGCUGUGGGAGAACAUCGUCAGCUUCUGCAGAGAGAACGCUGUGAACUUUGUGGAUGACAGUUUCCCCCCGGGACCUCGCUCCGUGGGAUUCCCAGAGGGCGACAGCGUCCAGCAGCGAAUCAAAAAGUGGCUGCGCCCCCACGAGAUCAACUGCAGCAACUUCAAAGACCGAGGCGUCAAGUGGUCCGUCUUCCGCACGCCACGGCCCUCCGACAUCCUGCAAGGCCUGCUCGGAAACUGCUGGUUCCUGAGCGCGCUGGCGGUGCUGGCGGAACGUCCAGAGCUGGUGGAGAGGGUGAUGAUCACCAGGACCAUCUGCCCAGAGGGGGCCUACCAAGUUCGGUUGUGUAAAGACGGGACGUGGACGACUGUGCUGGUGGACGACAUGCUGCCCUGCGAUGAUUAUGGCUACCUCCUCUUCUCCCAGGCCCAAAGGAAGCAGUUAUGGGUGGCGCUGAUUGAGAAGGCCCUGGCCAAACUCCAUGGCUCCUACUUUGCCCUGCAGGCAGGGCGCGCCAUCGAGGGUCUGGCCACGCUGACGGGGGCUCCCUGUGACUCACUCAUGCUCCAGGUCAGCUCCACCAACCCCCGGGAGGAACCUAUCGAUACAGACCUCAUCUGGGCCAAGAUGCUCAGCUCCAAAGAGGCCGGGUUUCUGAUGGGUGCAUCUUGCGGAGGAGGCAACAUGAAGGUAGACGAUGUUGUCUAUGAGUCUCUGGGUCUAAGGCCUCGACAUGCGUAUUCCAUCUUGGACGUACGAGAUGUCCAGGGUUACAGGUUGCUGCGGCUGCGUAACCCGUGGGGUCGCUUCUCGUGGAACGGCAGCUGGUCGGAUGAAUGGACAGACUGGCCACAGCACCUGCGGCAUGAGCUCAUGGCUCAUGGCAGCAGUGAGGGCGUCUUCUGGAUGGAAUACACCGACUUCAUAAAGUACUUUGACUCGGUGGACAUCUGUAAGAUCCACUCAGACUGGCAGGAGGUGAGGCUGCAGGGCUGCUUCCCCAGCAAAGCCAGCGGGCCGGUCACUGUCACAGCCCUCACUGUGCUGGAGAGGACGGCACUGGAGUUUGCUCUCUUCCAGGAGGGAAGCAGGCGUUCAGACACAGCCGACAGCCACUUGCUGGACCUGUGCAUCAUGGUGUUUCGCGCCUCCUUCGGCAGCGGCAACAAGCUGACCCUGGGCCGCCUGUUGGCCCACAGCAAGCGAGCGGUGAAGAAGUUUGUCGGCUGCGAUGUGAUGCUGGAGCCGGGGGAGUACGCUGUUGUCUGCUGCGCCUUCAACCACUGGCAGAUGAAUGUCAGUGCGACGGGAGGUCCAGCAACACCCAUCUCCAGCCCUACCAGUGGAGCAGCACGGCGGCCCAGCCAGGACUUCCCCGGCUACAUCCUCGCCAUCUAUAGCUCCAGACAGGUGAUGGUGGAGCAGGUGGAGGCGACCGCCACCACGCUGGCCGAUGCCAUCAUACUCCUCACGGAAAACAAAGGGGAAAGACACGAGGGCCGUGAAGGCAUGACGUGCUACUACCUGACCCACGGCUGGGCGGGGCUCAUCGUGGUGGUGGAGAACCGCCACCCCAAAUACUACCUCCACGUCUCCUGCGACUGCACUGACAGCUUCAACGUGGUGUCCACACGCGGCAGCCUCAAGACCAUCGACAGCGUACCGCCUUUGCACAGGCAGGUGCUGGUUGUGCUUUCACAGCUGGAAGGAAACGCUGGCUUCUCCAUCACACACCGCCUGGCUCAUCGCAAGGCAGCCCAGGCCUCUUUGGGAGACUGGACCCCCACUAAAGCCACCCACAGCCCGCAGCUCACCCCGGACAUUGAUGGCCUGCACCGGCCCAGGCCACUAUGACCACCGCCCACUCUGCCCUGUACAUACACAGACUCUAAUCCAAUGAACUGUCAGACCACUGGAAAACCAGGCCAGGGUGGUCGAGUGGUGUGUGCAGCCCAAAAACACGGAGAGAGAUGUGUAUUUGUGUAUUUUUGGAUGAACACACACCUGAAUGUAAAGCAUGAAUGGGCAGCAUUUAUGUGCUCUCCUCCUAAUGCUCCUUAAAUGCUAAAGUUUUCAUCCGGCCCUCACGAGCUCUGUCCCUUGCCAAGUGGAUGUGCCAUGUCAGGAUGAAAUGAGGGAAGCAGGCCACAUAGAGUGACCAAGACGUACUCACAAAACGAUGAUUCACCCGGGCAUCUAACAGGAUCCACUUCAGGCUACUUUAAAUUCUGGAGGUUUUUUUUUUUUGUACAAGCGCUGUAUGUGGAACAGAUGUCAGCCCUCGGUUUCAUAUGCUCGGAGAUGACCCUGCUUUCACUGAGCUUCACAAAAGCCAGGGUGGAGUGCUGUAACUACUGAGCCAUUUGUGGGCCCACAACCUAUGAGCCAAUCACCUGCAACGAUCAGACA